AUGUCACCACCAACUCUUGACACUGACGGUGGCAACACUGGAAUCAAUGGCCAUACCAAUGGUCACACUAAUGGUCACACUAAUGGUCACACCGAGAAGAGUCAGGAGAGUAACGGUACUGUCUUCAAUGCCCCAGGCCGCAUAUUUGAUUCCAAUAUAUCACCAAGGGUAGAAGACCUCAAAAGUAUCUGCGAUCGGGUCACUUCAUCAAAGUCGUACCCGCUAGCCGCGUCAAUUCAGAAGAACAUUCCUAUCUAUGAUAUGAAUACGUUUACAGAGAAGUCUGAGGACUACAAAUUCGUGGAGCAAUUGAAAGAGGAAUGGUAUCAGGUCUUGUUCGCUGGUCCUGGUGUUAUCGUUCUCAAGGGGCUCUACAGUCCAGACCGUUACCAGAAGGAACUCGAUUCUGCCAAUGCUGUCUUUCAACAACUCUUGAGGAGUGAAACAAAGAAGGCUGAUCAGGAAGGCACAGAACAAGUUGGAGGACGUGUCUGGAACUCGUUCCGCAAGCUCGCGGUCGCUGACCCUGACACUUUUGUGGAGUAUUUCUCCAACCCAUGGCUUUCCCAUGUCAGCGAUAUGUGGCUUGGCCCGGCCUACCGUCUGACAUCCCAGGUAAAUAUUGUGCCGCCCUCCGGCAAAGCUCAACCGGGUCACCGCGACUACCACAUGGGCUACUUUGAAGCCGAUCGUUGCGUGCGGUAUCCACGUGUCAUACAAACUGCAAGCCAGUUUUUCAGUCUCCAGGGCGCCGUGGCGCACGGCGACAUGCCAGCAGAUAGUGGACCCACACGGUUCUUGCCUUACAGUCAGAUGUUUGAAGCAGGGUAUAUGGCUCACCGACGACAGGAGUUCCAGGACUAUUUCGUCGCGAAUUAUGUCUCACUCCCUUUGCAGAAAGGCGACGGCGUGUUCUUCAACCCGGCGAUAUUCCAUGGAGCAGGCGAGAAUGUGACUAAGGACUUCUACCGUCAUGGACACUUAUUGCAAGUCAAUAGCUGCUUUGUCAAACCAAUGGAGGCACUUGGCUCGGUAGCUAUAGUGAGGGCGUGCUGGGACAUUCUGAAGCAGCGAUACAAGGAAGAUAAUGGCUUCAGCCACAGGGUAGAAUACCUUAUCCAGGCAGUCGCAGAAGGACAUCCUUUCCCAGGUAAUAUGGACAAGAUCAUUGGUGGUGGCCAUGAAUUUGGUAUGCAGACAGAACAAGACAUCUUGCGACGGUCGUUGAAGGAAGAUUGGACAAAGGAACAGACACUGGAUGCCUUGACAGAAAACCGGGCAAACCGGAAUGAUGAUUGA